AUCAUUAUUCAGGGUUAGAUAAAUAACGAUUAUUGUAAGGGAUUGGGAAGCAAAUAUAAUCCGGAAUUUACUUUAAAAACAAUAACACUCGUGUUUGAAAGAAUUAUAAAAAUGCCGAAGAUAGCUGAAUUAGCAGGUGAUAAUGCAACAGAGAGUUCGAGGACGUUUGUAAUUGAGGAUGAAGGGCACACAAUUGGGAAUGUUUUAAAACAUAUCAUUGGAAAUUAUCCUGAUGUGAAUUUUUGCGGUUACACUAUUCCCCAUCCACAAGAGAAUAAAAUGCAUUUCCGAAUUCAAGCUCGAUCAAAUGUGCGAGCGGUUGAUGUGCUCAAACGUGGGCUGCAAGACCUCGAAGAAUGCUGUGAUCAUACUAUAACGACUUUUGAAGAUGCAAUGACAGCUUUUAAGACAUAAUAAUUUAAGCGCUCACAACAUAAUAAAAUUACUUAAUUUUAAACAUA